AUGGGGCUUAAUUUGGAUCAGUUUUCUGAGAAUGUAUUCGUUGACAUUUAUUGGCUUAUUGCUGGUUGUGUUCUUCACAAUCGUAAUGAUUUAGCUUUGAUGCUGUUGGAUGAGAUGAAAGGCUCAGGAACUCAUCCGAAUAUGUUUACGCUAUCAAGUGCUUUAAAGGCCUGUGCUACUAUGGGGUUCAAGGAGUUGGGUAGACAGUUACAUUCUAGUUUGAUAAAGAUGGAUGCUGACUCAGAUUUGUUUGCUGCUGUUGGAGUUGUACAUAUUUUUCUUUUAAAUGUUUGUGGAAAUUUAUUUGCAUAUGCUGAUCGUGCCUUUUCUGAGAUACCUAAUAGAGGAAUAGUCUCAUGGUCUGCAAUGAUUGGAGGAUAUGCUCAGCAUGGCCAUGGUAAAGAGGCUCUUCAAUUGUUCAAUCAAAUGCUUAGAGAUGGUGUCACCCAACCAUAUUACUUUGGGAAAUUAAAUGAAGCAGUGGAGCUUGUAAACUCCAUUCCAUUUGAGGCUGAUGGCUCAGUUUGGGGGGCACUUCUUGGAGCUGCAAGAAUCCAUAAAAAUAUAGAACUCGGUCAGAAAGCUGCAGAGAUGCUUUUUGAUCUUGAGCCAGAGAAAUCUGGUACGCAUGUUCUCCUUGCAAACAUCUAUGCCUCUGCAGGGAUAUGGGAAAAUGUUGCUAAGGUUAGAAAGCUUAUGAAAGACAACAAGGUGAAGAAGGAGCCUGGAAUGAGUUGGAACGAGAUCAAAGACUAG